UAAACUUGUUGCCGUUUUGAUAAUUUCGGAGAAGAAUCUGUACACAGGGAGUUCUUACCAUUUUGGAAAUAUAUUCAAAAUGUGAUAAUAAUAUUGUAACUGGACAAAGUUUCUCAGUGUCUCGCAAAAAUACAAAAUUAGUUUUUUUCAUUUCAUAAAAUCGUUAAACAAAAUCAGACGAAGUAGUACAAGAAGAGUGUGCUGAAGUCUUCCGGUGGUAGUGAAAACGGGGACCUCAUGGGCAAUAUUGAUACAUAACCAAUUGCUAGAAUUUCAGUUCUCUGUUUUUGAAGAAAGGAAUUUCAAUGAAAAUUCGACGGUUCAGCUAACAAAGGAUGUGCUACUUUGUUCAGAAUAAUCUUCUAAUUUUUUAAACUAUAUUCAAAUUAAAGCGGCGAUACACACCACAACGAAGCAUCUGGAUUUCUGAGGAUGGGAGUUAAGUCUAGUAUUCAUAAAAGCAUUGGUCAAGGCAAAAUCGACUUUAAGUUAGAUUGGUUACAUCCUUUGGGUCGAGGAUUAUCAUCAGCAGAUUGCUUGGCCAACGAGGCUUCAAGCAAUCCUCUAUCAGCCCUCGUUGGCAGCAUUUUUUUAAGACAAAAUAAUAUUUUUCGAGGAGACGAAAGAUUAGAUAUUUUACUGGAGAAGGCUAUCAAUGAUUCAUGCUAUCGAGUGAAUUUUAGACGACCAAUUUUUGAUGGAGACAGGCAGCAACAAUCCAUUACCUUUCAGAAUACACUGACACCAGCAACUUCUGUCCAUGGCAUUGCUACCGAUUCAUUUGGCUCUGUACAUGGAGGUGUUAGAUUACGGAGGCUUGCCAUAGAAAUAGACCAAAAGUGGGCCUCAGAUUCAAAAUUGACCAGAAUGGUGGGCAUGAGAAUUGAGCAAGUUGGCUCCAUUGAUGAUAAUGGCCAUCCUAUACGUACAGAUUCAUAUGAGUGUCCAACCACAUUCAGUGGAAAUACAUAUGAUAGAAUGCUUGUUGCCAAGGUGGGGACAGAAUACCUUGAAUCUAAUGACAGUUUCUUUUCUCAAUUCAAUGUCCUACUGGAGCAAGGUUUACCUAUUUCGCCCCACUGGCUACGUUUUAAACGAUUUAAGGUCCUUAGAAGGAAGGGAGUUCAACUAGGACCAACUUUUGUCUUCUCAAGCAUCUCAUUUGGCACUGUACAAGGAGAUUUAGCUUCACAUGGUGCAUUCCCAAUUGGAGGCUUUAACAGUGUACGGGGAUAUGGUGAAGGAACUGUUGGCACAGGGAAAUCAUAUUUUGUUGCUAGCAAUGAGCUAUACAUCUCUGUGACUCGAUUGUUACAGGGUGUCAUAUUUGCAGAUUUUGGAACAGACUUGGGUUCUGGAAGAAGAGUCAUUGGGGAUCCUGCUGGUGCACGUAGAAAACCAGGAUAUGGUGUUGGGUCUGGUGUAGGCAUUCGAGUAGACUCUUCAUUUGGACCCUUGCGAAUUGAUUAUGCUACAAAUAUGUUGGGUGGAAGUUGUAUUCACUUUGGUCUUGGAUAUCAUGAAUAAAAGUGAUCAUAUUUUAUACGGAGAAAUGGUUUUGGUCUGGGUAGACAAUUCUUAAAAUUAUUUACAAAAUUUAAAUUUCAAAUUACAGAAGUUUAGCAAUUGUGCUAUACUAAACGACAUAAAGAUUAGCUUUUGUGAAAUGUGAUUUCUGCUAGGCUUUGUUCUUUUGAUAUAAAAGAGGUCAGUACACUUUGAUACGGACAAUUUCAAAAUAACAUCGAUGCAUCUGUUUUAUUGCCAGUGGAUCUGUAAUAAUCGUUUCAGAGGCAAUGAGUUUGAAACAAAGAAACCCUAUUUUUAUAACUUUAAAAAGAUUCAAGGACAACAACGGAUUUACAAGGAUAAAAGUGAAAGAGCUCUCCACAAUGAAUGGUUCCCAGGGCAAAAUACUUGCCAAGGGUUUCACAAAUGGGGUAGCAAACUAAAUGGGCCUGUUUCUGGGGUAACUCUAUGGUUAAGUGUGUUUGAGCCAGAGCAGUACUUAUCGGGUUGGGUAAUCUUCUCAGAGUUCCUGGCCACCAACUGCACGUCCUAGCAGUGUUAAUUAACAGCAUCCAGUGGUUAAUUGUGCAAGUUUCAAUCUCAUGACUUAAAAUGGGUGCUAAGAAGACCAUUCAAGGUCACGAAUAGUGGUUCACAAAGAAACAAAAAAUGCAUGACAAAAGGAUAAAGAAUUUUUCAGUAACGUCAAAAUCACUGAAGGGAAUCAAAACUACUUUUAUUCCGUAAAUACUUCUGUAAUUAAGUAGUAUAAGCAAGAGAUAAUUUUUCUC